AGUAGAACAAUUCAGGCCACAUACAGCCCCAAAGAAAAAAUGAAUGCCAAUUUUGCCUACGAUGAAUCGUGGAUGUGCCUGGUUGGCGAUAUUCCAUCACUUGUGCAGCGACACAUGGCCAUCGUCAGGCUCAAGCAUCCAACGAAUAUGGGAACGAAUUGCCGUGAUCUCCAACUUUUUGUGCUCAUAGUCUGUCCAGCUAAAGAGAAAGGUACAAAGAAUGCAUUGGAGACGGGCCGCACAUUUGCUACAUUGUUAGCUGAUCAUCAUCUACACCGUCAGUCGGUGGAAUUAUUAGCUACCGAAGAAGAAUUCAAGCAGCUUAUUUUCAAUCGUACAAGAGAAUUGAUUAAGGAACAGCAACAGAGCCGUUCAGCCGUUUCAAUUAAAUUGGACGCCGUUGUUGAACCAUCCAAAAACAUCGCAAUGAGUAAUGGAAUCGGGAGACUUUGUCAGUUUGGGCAAAGUAUCCGAGAGGAUCUUUCACGUCGACUGCCGCAUUAUGUAUCGGACUAUGCCGAUGGCAUAGUUGGAGUAAAAACACCUCAAAAGGAAAAUCAGGUCAGUAAUGUGAAGAAAGGUGAUUUCGGAAUGACCACCAGCAAUAAUGAAAUCUAG